GGCGUCACAGUCGCUGCUGACGUUGACUGCAACAGCGACUGGGCUGCUGCUGCUGCUGGUGCUGCUGUUGCCUCGACCAUCGCACGGAGCUCGUUUCAGUCCUGACUCGGGAUGUUAACGCGUUGGGCAGGUCAUGUCUGGCACAGCCGUGGCGCAGUUCCGUGGACCAAACGACUGAAACAACAACAACAACAUCCACUGUGCAUAUAGAAGUAGAAGUAGCAGGAAAAAUUCAAAACCACAAUAUGUGUUCAGCAACAACCCAAAUAAGAAAAUAAAAGAAAAAUUAAGAAAAAAAAAAAAAAAAUGUUAUAUGUUAGCAGGAGAGAGUGCUUAAGUGUGUAGUUAAGAGAAUAAGCUCCUAGGAUAAGCUCCAGCACAUGUCUAUGCAUAUGUAUAUGUAUCCAUAUACUCGUAGUUCAGGGCCGCAGUGCCGCAGUGCGAUGCCACCAAUGCAGUUUUGUGCAAUGUGUUCAUACGUCCAUUGGCGUAGACCUCUAUACUUUAACCGCAUCUAUUUUCGGGAUAACUUUUCGAUCGUCAGUUUCUUCAAGUCGCGCUUAAAAUACAGCAGCAGCCCCAUGGGAGCCGAUACCUAAGACUGAGACUGAGAGACACCACAAAAAAUCCACAACUGAGACUGAGAAAAGGCAAAAGGCAACGGAAACGGAAAAGGAAAAGGAAAUACGAAUAUUCUAUUUUUUUGCACGCACUCUGAUUGUGAUUGUGCAAUAAACAAGGAACAAAGAACAAAGAUCAAGUAAAACUAUCAGGAUAAGCAGCCACACCACACCACACACACACACACACGGAACCACUAGACCAUCUACUAUUAAUCCUUGCAAAAAGGAGAGCAACAAUUUUAGCUGUAGUCAAAAUGCAUGGACAUCAUCACAAUCAUCAGCAGCAGCAGCAGCAACAGCAGCAGCAACAGCAGCAGCAGGGACAGCAGCAGCAGCAGCACCAACAGACAGCAGCUGGAACUGCCAACAAUAUGAAGGCAGCGUCACAUCAUCAUCAUCAUCAUCAUCCUCAUGUCCAAACACAUCCACAUCCACAUCCGCAUCCGCAUCACAAGCUGUCGACGAGAAGAACUGCGCGCAGUCGCAGUCGCAGUCGUAGUCGCAGUCCAACGCCCGAUGGCAACCAGGACUACGAUGUGACGCGUAUGCGGGAGGAGGACUUUGAGCGUCUGGCCGUCUACCUAGUGCCGGAUGUGCAGGCAGAGCGAGGACUAUCCAAUCGGGCGGACAAGACGCUGCCGCGCAGUCUGACACUCAAGUCAUCGAUGGUCUACUCAACGCCAAAUGUUAAGACUGAAGGAGUUUGGAGCAGUGGGGUCAUACCGCGCGGCACACGCUUUGGCCCCUUCGAAGGCAUUCCAACCUCCAACUAUCCCAAUGAUAAGAAUAAGGCGCGAUAUUUUUGGAGGGUGCAGGGAACACGCCACAUAUCCUAUGGGAUUAUUAAGAUCUUCAAGGACGACGACUAUUACUAUCUGGAUGGCUCGGAUCGUUCGCAGUCCAACUGGAUGCGCUAUGUGGCCUCUGCGUACAGCUUGUCGGUGAUGAAUCUGGUCGCGUGCCAGCAUCUGGAGAACAUCUACUUCUACACAACCCGCGACAUCCUGCCCAAUGAGGAGCUGAUGGUCUGGUACUGCAAGGAUUUCGCCAGCCGCCUCGGCUACGAUGUGGAUCCGGAGCGGACCAUUUUCGGUGCCUGCAAGCAGGCCAGCGGCGAGGAGGAUCUCGAGGAGGAGGCCGAGGAGGCGGAGGAGGAGCUCGAGGACCAGAAUCAGGAUCAGGAUCACGAUGGAAUGCCGCCGCACAAGAAACCGCACUACUCCAUGCCCGCACCCGAAAUACCCGCCGAGGUGGCCGUCAGCCACAUCACCUAUGUGAUGGGCCUCCAUCUGCCGGCGACGCCAGGCGGAGCACCGACCCAGGGAGCCGGCAGCACGCAGGAAGCCCUGCCGCCUGCCCCACCGCCAACUGGUUCUGGUGCCGGUGCCGGUGCCGGUUCCGGUUCCUGCUGUCGUCGCGCCAGUCCACCCGCCCACGUGUCCACCACCUCCUGUGGCGGCGCCCAUCAUCCGCACAUCAUCCAGCACGGACGGCAUGCGUCCGUGAUCAUUGGCCAGGAUCGCUCACCGCUGGCCAGCAGCAGCGACAAGGACACCGCCGGCUCGCCGCUGUCCGGGCUGGACCACCAGCUGACGCCCCAGGAUGGCAGCGUGCGUUCGGUGCGCUCGGAUGAGGGCUACCACAGCAACGAGUGCCACGAGGAUGGCCUCACGCCGCCCGAGGACUCCAGCGACAGCGAGAGCGAGCACAACUACGUCCUCGACUGCUCCAAGAAGGCCAUUGCCCCCAAGGAGACGGUGAUUGCCCAGGCCCAGAAGCCGCAGAGCAGCAGCUCACCGCCCACAGUGGGCGUCGCUGCCAGCAGCAUCAUCCACAGUCCCCAGUCGAUGGGUGCGAUGGGUGCGAUGGCUGCCAUGGCUGCCACGCCCAUGUCCUGCGAGUCGGACAAGAACGAGUACAGGAAGUUCAAGGUGAAGAUGCCGCUGAAGUACGAGUUCAAGAACAAGAGCUGCGUCAAGCAGGAGCCCAUCCACAAGGACGUGGACGAGCAGAUGUCGCAUACGCUGCCCCAUGGCGUCGACGAGGAGGAGGAGCUGCACCACCACGCCCAUCUGCACCUGCACGCGAAUGUGGCACACUCGGAGGACUCGGCCUGCCCGCCCAGCACCACCACCCAUCUGGGGGAUGAGCAUUUGAUGCACUUGGAGAGGGAGAGGGAGAGGGAAAGGGAGCGCGAGAGGGAACGGGAUCGGGAGCGGGAGCGGAACGACAGAGAACAAUCAGCAACCAACCAGCAGCCCGCCUCCUCAACGGUGAUUGUCCUGGAGCACAACUCGGACGGCCAGACCCGCACCAUUGUGCCCCUGAGCAAGCCCUACUACGAGGCAGAUCCACCAGGCGAGCGGUAUGUGCGCUUCGGACAGCCCUCCUCCAGCAUUCUGGAGACGAUCCUGACCAGCCAGCACCGCCUGGAGGCGGCUGCCGCAGCGGCCAAUGCCUGCCGGCAGGCGAACGCUGCCACCCCGCCACCCACGUCGCCCACUGAGAUGGCCUACAGCUACAAGAAGUCGCAGCGAUACGGCAACGCGGUGAGUCCGGACUCCAGCUCGAAUCUGGGACAGCCGCAGGAGCAGCUGUCGGCCGCCGGAGUGGGCGCGGGCAUGGGCGUGGGCGUGGCGGAGCAGGAGCUCGUCACGAGGGGCACCCUCAUCAAGGGGGAGUGCUCGCCGCCGCCGCCGUCGCACCAUCACCACAACGUGAUCUUCUCGCCCUCGCGACACGUCUCGUACAUGGGUCAGGGCGAGGCGGGCGGCGGUCACGGCGGCCACUCGCCGAGUCCCAGCUAUCCGGGGUAUCCGCACCAUUACGGGAGUGCGGCCACCUCCACCUUCCACUCGCCGCCACACAGCUCCCACUCGCCGUUCGACCGGCAGUCGAACGCGUCGAGCGGCGGCGGAUCCGCCUCGAAUCUGCAUCUGCUGCAGAGCAGCACCCAGAUGCUGAACCACCCGCUGAUGCAGCCACUGACACCGCUGCAGCGUCUCUCGCCGCUGCGCAUCUCCCCGCCCAGCAGCCUCAGUCCGGACGGCAACUCGUGUCCGCGCAGCGGCUCCCCCCUGAGUCCCAAUUCGCUGGCCUCGCGCGGCUACCGCUCGCUGCCGUAUCCGCUGAAGAAGAAGGACGGCAAGAUGCACUACGAGUGCAACGUGUGCUGCAAGACCUUCGGCCAGCUGAGCAACCUGAAGGUGCAUCUGCGCACCCACUCGGGCGAGCGGCCGUUCAAGUGCAACGUCUGCACGAAGAGCUUCACCCAGCUGGCGCACCUGCAGAAGCAUCAUCUGGUGCACACGGGCGAGAAGCCGCACCAGUGCGACAUCUGCAAGAAGCGCUUCUCGAGCACGUCCAACCUGAAGACACAUCUGCGGCUGCACAGCGGCCAGAAGCCCUACGCCUGCGAUCUCUGUCCGCAGAAGUUCACGCAAUUUGUGCAUUUGAAGCUGCACAAGCGGCUGCACACCAACGAUCGGCCGUACGUGUGCCAGGGCUGUGACAAGAAGUACAUCAGUGCCUCGGGGCUGCGCACCCACUGGAAGACGACCAGCUGCAAGCCCAACAAUCUGGAGGAGGAGCUGGCCAUGGCAGCGGCGGCCACAUCCGAGUGCUUAGACAAGGAUCAUCCCGAGCCGGAUAGCCGUGAGGCCUACGAGCAGCUGCAGCAGCAUAUGGUGCAUCCCAGUCUGAGGCACUCGCCGCCGCGUCUUAUUCCGUUGGGCAGUCACAUGCAGGCAGCCGGACAGCAUCAGCAGCAGCAGCCACCACCGCCGCCGCACAUGAUGCUGGGUCCAGCCCCAAUGCUGUUGACCACAGCCAGCCAGCUGCCACCACCGCCGCCCCAUCAUCUGCAGCAGCAGCAGCAGGGAUCCCCCAACCAACGUCCCACGCCCCCACACCUGCAUCAGCAUCCGCAUCCGCACUCGCAUCCACAUCCGCAUCAGCAGCAGCAGCAGCAGCAGCAACACUCGCCGCAGGGCGGCAGCCUGAAAGUAUUGAAGCCGCUGCCCGACAACGGAGGAGGAGCCUACAUGCAUGCGCCCCAUGUGCAGGCCCAGGAGAACCGCCCCUCGGUCAUAGAGUCCUCCAAUCAGCCCAUGAUCAUUGAGUGCACGUAAGAUGGGAAGGGGA